AUGAUGAAAUUAAUUUAUUGGAGGUAUCCAAAUAGAGGAUUGCUAGGCCGCAUAAGAUGGAAAGUUAGAGUUCAUAAAUAAACAGUUAAUAUCUUUGACAUCAAAGCAAUUAUAGGAUGCUUGCAAAAAGACAGAUUAUUAUGGUAGAAACGCUUUACAUUAUGUAAAUGUAUUACUAAAAUAGGCUGCUUAUAGAGGACAUUAUGAUGUAGUUGAAUAUUUUCUUGAUUUAUAGUGUAUAAACAUUAAUUCAAAGGAUAAUAAAGGUAAUAAAAUAAAAAGUAUGAAAAAGGCAACUCUGCAUUAAUGUUAGCUUGUGUUAGAGGAUAUAAUUAAGAUAUCUCAACUCUUAAAUAAGGUUCUAAAUUUGCUAUAUGUGCAUUGUUAAUAGAUAGAGGAGCAUCUCUUUAAGAAUACAAGAAACAUGGAAUAAAUAACCCUUUACAUUGGACUUGUUUUUUUGGAGACUUAAAAACAACAAAAUUAUUGAUGUCUGUAGAACCUAGUUUAAGUAAUUGAAUAAAUUGAGAUUCUAGUGUUGUAUUCGAAUGAUAAAGAUUAGUUUCCAAUAGAUUUGGCUUUGAUGUCAGGCAAAGAGUUGGAUGAUAGAGUAGAAGAUGAAAAGGUGUUGGAAUUUAUGAUAAUGAAAUUCUUAGCUUAAAAUUUGGAUAAUGAAGAACAUAAGAAGAGAUUAGAGUUAUCAUCAGAUGAACAUGAAUCAUAUAGAUAAUUACAGUUCAUUAACUUCAAUAUUAAAUCAUCGAAGUAAUUAGCUCAAGUAGGACUUCGUUAUUUAUUUUGGGCAAGUACAUUAGGAAGAUUAGAUUUAGUGGAACCUUUGAUUAAUUAUCGAUAUUCACCUUUUGAACCAUCUUAUAAAGGGAGAAAUGCUUUACAUGCUGCUGUUUAUCAUAAUAGGAAAGAAUUAGUUGAAUAUUAUUUGGAAUCAGAAGCUGUAAAAGAGUUCCGAACUGAGAAUGUAAUUAAUAGAAUGACCAAAGAUAAACCUUAGACAGCAUUGCAUGUAGCUGUAGAGAGAGGACAUAUUGAUAUAGUAAAAACAUUAAUAAAGAAAGGAGCAGAUCCUAAUUAAUAUAAUUUCCGUAAUUAACGAGCUUUUGAUUAGUCUAGAUUAAUUGAGAUCAAGCAUUUAAAGAGAUAGUUAUUGAAUCAUUUACAAAAGAAUUAUUUAAGAUCAGGAUAUAAUUAUGUUUUAGUAGGAUGGCAAAGAGCAAAAAAUUAAUUAUUGGAAUAAUAAUUUUAUAAUAUAUAAUAAAAAAAGAAUGUUGAAAAAGGAAUGUUUAAAUAUUUACCUAUUGAAUCAAUUGAUAAAUAAUAUACAUAUUAUUGUUUGAAAGUUGAUGAAAAACUUAAAAACUUAAUAGCUGAUGAAACUAAAAUGAUGAUAUAUAAUUCAAGAGAAGGUUAUUUAUGUCCAUUCGACAUAUCAAUUCAAGAAUAAUUUGAAAACUUUCAUCAUGUUCAUGAUUAAUAAAUAUUAUAGACUUUAUUGUAUGAUGAAUUUGAUAUAGAUUAAUUUAUUAAUGAUGGUUUAUUGAUUGAAUAAUAUCCUAUACAUGAUGAAGAAGAGAAAGAAUUAAUAUUGAAAUUUUGGAGAAAUGAAAGAUUUCAAAUAUUAUUUGAACCAUUUUAAUUAAGAAAAUCAUAAAAUAGAACAUUUAGUGCUUUAUCUUCUUAUUUUGGAGCAGAAGUAGGAAUGUUUUUUGUAUUUUUAUGUUUUUUUACAACAUGGCUAUUUUUACCUGCUAUACCAGGAUUAUUAAUUGGAAUACUUCAUUUAGUAGGUGAAGAAUCUAUUAAUGCUAUAACACCAAUAUAUACUUUAUGUAUGGCUGUUUGGGCAACAAUAUUUUUUGAGUUUUGGAAGAGAAAAUAAAGUGAGACUAUGUACAAUUUUGAUAUGCAUGUUGCUAAAGAAUAACGAAGAAGGAUUCCUUAAUAUAAAGGAGCCUUUAUUAUUGAAGAUGUAACUCAUACUAUUGAAAUUAAAGAUACAAGAAAUGUUUAAUGGAAAUAUAUAAAAUCAAACACUCCCUUAGUUAUUUUGACAAUUUUUAUUAUUGGAGGAGAAUAAUUUGGGUAUUAUUAUUUAAAAUAAAUUAAUGAAGGAGAUUAAAUUUAUGAUGUAUUAUGGGCAUGUUUAUUAGCAUUUUCUAUUCUUAUUACAAAUGAGAUCUUUAACAUAUUUGCAAAACAUACAUUAAUUUAUGAAAAUCAUUAAUAUUAAGAUGAAAGAGAGAAUGUUUAUAUUUUAAAAGUAUUUGCAUUUACAUUUUUGAAUUCAUUUGGUAGAUUAUUUUAUAGAAGUAUCAUUAAACCAGAUUCUGAAGAAUUAGAUUUAUUAAGUAUAUCAUUUACAAUAACAUGGUCUGUUGUUCAUUUAAUAAGGUAUACUCUUUAUCCAUUAAUAUCUUUUUCAUUUAUAAGAAUUAAAUUUAAAUGGGAUUUCAAAAAAUAUAAAUAAAAUAAUUAAAAAUAAAUAGCUGCAGUAUAAAGAGUAAGUAUUUAUGAUACUGAAACCAGUGCCAUAAAUAAAUCAUCUGAUAAAGGAUUAUCUUCUAUAUACUUUUUAUCUUAAAUUGAAUUAAAUAGAAGAAUGAUAGAUCCUCCAAAUCAUGUUGAAUAAUUUACCUAUUUUGUAAAUAUAUAUAUUUAUAAUAGAUAAUUCAAUUUUGCAUGGCCACUAUGUUUAGUGCAGGUUCAUAAAUCAUACCUAUAGCUAUUUUGUUUUUUAAUAUUCUAAAUAUUGAAGGUCUUCUUUAUGGUUAUAGAAAAUUUGUAAAGAGACCAUUAGCAGCACCAAAAAAGAGCAUAGGUGUUUGGAAUGAUAUUUUAUAAUUAGUAGGAUAUAUUGGGAUUGUAUCAAAUUGUUUAUCUAUCUAUUAAGCUAAUUAAACAUAAUUGAAUACUUUGAUAGGAUAAGAUUCAGAUACAUCUAAUGAUUAAAUUAAUGUAUUAAAAAACAAUUUAAUUAGCUUGGACUUAGAAACUUUUUGUUCCUUAUUGUAGCAGAACAUAUUGUUAUUGGAAUUAAAUUUGUAAUUGAGGGAGUAAUUCCAGAUGAACCUGAAUGGGUUGAAGUAGUACUCAAAAGAGAAGAAUUUGAGUCUGAAAAGAAUAAAAUAAAGUAAGAAGGGUAACAUUCUAAAACUAUUGAAAUCAAAAUAAAAAAAGAAUGA